GACGAAGUCGGUUGAUCUUUAAUCCCGACCAUGAAGGAUGUGAAACCAACCGACAAACUUGACGGUACACUACGUAUUCAUCGUCGACGACCUGGUAGUUGUCAACCAAAGGAUAGCCUCGGCCUUUCCUGCAUAUUUCAAGAAAAUGAUCUAGAAAAAGAUCAGUCACUUUCUCGAAGGAAAACGUUGACAGUACCACAAGACAAUAUUGGAAUUUCAUGUUUACCAGCAAAGGAAUUUGAUUGUACUCGUAACACACCUUUGAACACUACCGAAUCCGAUGAUACGAAGAAAAUUGUACAAAAUACCGAUCAAAAGAAAAUAGAAACAGAGGAAUAUUUAACACGUUUACGUGGCGGUGCUGACUGGACUUGGAUGCUAAAUUCAGAAUUUGAUAACUUAAAUCCAAAUGAAAGAAAACAAAAACACGGGCGAAAUAAACAAUUGCAUAAUACGAUAAGUGAUAUUGGAAUAAGCAAUAUUCAAAGACCAAAGGGUGAUAAAUUGAAACCUCGUAAAUCGAUUUUACCAAAGGAUAACAUUGGCUCGUAUUGCAGACUCUUACCUAUGAAAACAUGGAAAAGAUAA